AUGAGAAAAGAGGGGGGGCUGGAGACCGUGGCAUGUCUCCGUAAAAUUCAGCCACCUGCCACUCAUGAUAUUGACCCCAUCGAAAGUUAUACCCGCUCGGUCGUCGUCCGGGUUACCAAGGGCCGCGCAGGCUGUUGGAGGACUGAGGCAUACUGCGAAAGGUCGGCCAUCAGAAACUGCUCAUUGCCCUCUGCCAGCCGGGGGCGCGGAAGCACAACGACGGCUGACGAGGACCGACGCAACGACAACGAAGAUACCAGUCAGCAACGGAGUCGCUACCCGUUCUGA